AAUGUUAUACGUAACGAUGCUUUGAAAGUUAAUAGCUUGUACAUUCAGUGACGGUAAGAAAAAAGAUAUGGGGGCCUGGGAGAAAGGUUCCACUUGCCACAACCAUAUCCCGGCAACAACUUUUGUAGUUCAUUUAGAGACGGUUUAUAAAAAAGGGGCAUUUAUUUGAAGGCAUUUGUUCUAUUUUUGGAGAAGAAAGGCGUUUGUUAGAAGGAGGUCUUUAUGGGCUAGGGGUUUAUCAGAGAAAGUAUGGUUUAUCUGAGCCUAAAAUUAUUCUUAAAUAGUUUUUAAGAAGAAAGUUCGAGAGUUGGCUAUUUUCUUUGCCUUGCUUUGUCAGAAAAACAUUGUGGGAAAUGACACAAACUAAUACAAUAGAAACUUGACGGGUGCUCAUCAAACUUUGCAAUAAAGCCGAGCUUGUCUUGUUUUCUAAAAAACUCUCGUCGAUAGAAUGUCAAAUUUUUGAUAAGCUUCGAGUCUGGUAUUUAUUCUAUUAUUUCUUGAAUUUCACCGAUUUCGAUCCCAGUGUUCUCAUAAAUGCUUUUUUCGUUAAAAAAGGGGAGCUUUGUCAUAGUGCCUUAGAUUUGUUUAAAAAAUCACUAGAAUUGUGUAGCUUUUGUUAAAUGUCUGAAACUUGGCAUAGAAGCUCUUAUGGAUAUAAAAAGUAUUUUGAGUGUUAGAACCAGCAUGUAAAAUGGUUUUGUGACGUAGUAUGACGUCAUAUGGAGUUAUUUUACACAAAUGUGGUAAACAUUGGAAAGUUCACUCUACGAAUCUGUACACGUUAAAGAAUAUUAUUGAAUUUUUUAGAUUGCCUUACCUGCCUGAACAUGAACCAUACACAGCAUAAACGAGGUCCUUGUUCGCCUCUUGAAAAAACGUAAACAAACCGAUUCUCUUCGUGUCUUCCAGCGUUUCCAUAAUGGGCAGAUGCUUGCUUAAAACUAAGAAUUCGACCUGGUGAAGAGUUUCGAAACGUAUGGAGCAAUAAGCCUUCGAAACAAAUCUUAGUUUCCAAUCACGUAGGCAACGCAAAGUAACAUUCAAAAUACGUUCAACCAGGGUCGCCGUGCUAUGAAAACAACAAUAAGGACACUUGCAAAAUAUUUAUCAAAAAACAAUAGUCAUUUGGCUCUUUUUAUCUGCAAUGACAUAUUUAUACGGUUUUAUUGCAGCAGCUUCAUGGCAUUCAACUCGAUAUAUCUUGUGAUAUAGCUGAAUAUCAAGGACCGAGCAUAUAUCGGAUUGAGGGGACUCAAAAGUUUUUUGGGGGGCUAAACAUGCUAAGAACCAAGAACAGGGUGCCUUUUUGUAUUGUUUUAAGUACAUUAUGAAAACUAUAGCCCCCUUAGCCCCCCUGCUUCCGUGGUCCCUGCUGAAUAUACGUUUUUAUCAUAAAGAAGCUAGCUAAAUUGUGUAGCUUUUGUCUGGUAAAUUGCCUGGAAUAUCAUAGCAAGGGUUUUCCCCUCCAGUGGUCAUUUCAGAAAAUCGUUUAUCAAAAUGCUUUACUAUUAUUAAUGCAUGCUUUUGUUGGGUUUGAUUAAUUCCAGUCUUAAAAUCUAAAUCAUUUCUUUAUGAGGCUCUAUAGAUUUAUUGCACUAUUCUUAUCCUCUAUUUCAUUUCUUUUAUUUUAACCUUGUAUUAUCUUCUAAAUUAUUAUCUGCAAAAAAAUAGAGGGGGCGGAAGCCACCCAUAGUGACUGCUUGAAAAUCUAACAAACAACAACAACUACAGCAGAAAAGGCAACACUGACACCUAACAAGCCAGAGGAUGAAGUUUUCCUAACAACAGCCUUGGCAUUCAAUAUUGCAAAAAAGCAUGGCAAGUGAUUGUAUAGUUGCUGACAGAGAUUUGCAUGAAGAUCGCCUGUUAGAUGAAAUCAUUGCUGGUAAAACAGAUCUUCAUGUUGACAAAAGAGAUCCUUCAAAGCGUCCUGUGAUAUUUACAGCUUCAUCAGUUCUACCAACACCUAUAAGUGGUUACAAGAGUUUUAGGGAGCAAGUUGGGGGCCAUUUGUCAGUGCAGGACAGUCCAUGUUUUAUGUUGGAUGAUGAUGGACAUGUUUUAAAGUUGCUUGAGGCAAAGUCUCAUAAGGAGUGUCUUGAGGAAGUUUUUUAUGAACAUGUUUUCAAAAAGGAACCAAGGAAUGAAGAAUGGAGAACAUUAAAGGAUUUUCUUCCAUUUUAUUACGGAAAAAUAAGUCUCACACAUCUAGGGAAGAAUUUAGAAUAUUUAAAAAUGGAAGACCUAACGAAGAAUCUGGAAAAACCUUGUAUUAUCGAUAUUAAAAUUGGAAAGAAAACGUUUGACCCUUUUGCAGAUCCACAAAAAGUCGAGAGGGAGUUAAUCCGGUAUAAAUACCAGGCUCAGCUCGGAUUCCGUGUCACCGGCUUCAAGCUUUUCAAGGCGAAAACGAAUGAAACAGAAUUGUUCGACCGUUUUUACUGCAAAGGAAUCCAGCCACAAGACAUUACAAGAACCUUCUCUUAUUUCUUUGACAUCCAAAGUUUUCCCGAGAGGAGAUAUCUGGUUAAGGAAGUCAUUAAUAAAUUGAAGCAACUGUUGCAAUGGUUCGAGAAGCAGAAGCGAAUUAAAUUCUUUCGCACAUCUCUGUUAAUAGCGUACGACGGGAGCCAAAAGAUUACUGAGAAAAAAGCAUGGCAAAAGCAAGAACAUUUCGCGACAGAUGCCAACGGCUCGAAAUCCUUUGAACUCGGCGAGAUAUACCAGAUUGAGAAAAAAGCCAAUGCGAAUUUUCACUUUCAGAAUGUGGGAAUCCAUGACUUUCCUCCUGCCAGUUUGUUGGGUUCACAUCGGAAAUCAAACCUCGAGAUGGGUGAAGAAUGUAUUGGUAGGGAAAAAUGUGUUGUGAAAAUGAUAGAUUUUGCACAUACAUUUUGCGAUUUAGAGGAAAUGUCUGAUUGUAUUGACGAGAAUUACAUAUAUGGGCUUAAAUCGCUUAUAAAUGAAAUAGAAAAAUGCUUGGGUAAUGGGUUUUAAUGUGGCUUAUUUUUCAAUGAUGAGGACGCUUUCGUAAAAUAGUUGAUAACUGCGUUUCUCGCUAAGGACUGGGAGAUAAUGAUAGGCGUUCCUAAAUCAAAGUGGCAAAAUGAAUGACUCAAAAUAUAUUUUUAUAUACAUUGUUUCUUGCAUACAUGUGAGCUAGAAAUGAACUGUCCAAUGGUAAAACAAACCGUACACUUUUGCGAAUGCAAGGGCUAUCAGAGAAACCACUAUCAAUCGAAACGAGCGCAGAGAAAAGGAGAAAAUGCGAAUCAAUCAAAUAAUUUCUCUCAGAAAGUUGCGAGACAGAACGCGGGCCCAAGCCAUGUUCUUGGCGCAAAGGUGUAUGCCCCUCACAUAGAAACACCUCUCGUAGAAGCGGAGUCUAAUCAACCGGGGCAAAAAGAUAAUAAAAGACAAUAAUAAAUCCAAACUCUGUUAAUUAACCUACAAGCAGAUCAAAAUGAACCCAUGCUUCCCAUUUUGUCAGGCACCCUUAUUUUUGCUGGCACGUCAAUUGUUUCACGAAAGCGCCUUCCCGGUUUUUAGACGCUAAAUAAUAUUUUUAAAGCAUUCACCGAGAUAUAACAGUAUUUACAACUCAUAAUCUAGAUAUUUUCAUCAAAACAACUCAUAUAUUUAUGUAUUUAUAUUUUUUAAUUAUUGUAGAUAUUCUCAAACAAUCAUUUAUAUUCUUUUUGCACAAUUACUGUAUACAUAUUUAUUUAUCGAUAUUUAUGCGCAAAAUAGCUUCUUCUGGUUUGAUAGAAUUUUCAUGUUUAGCUGCUUUUAUAAAAAAGUUCAAAGCUUUCCUGCUUAGCAAAAUUUAACUAGGCUGCGCGCAGACACGACUGGUUUUCCUAGAAAGGAGGUUAAUGAGACUAAGUUUAAUUGGUUAAAAAUUUUAGGAUUUCUAUCCCAACUACCCUAAUUCUCGACUCAAUUCACUCUAGUCUCAUGUAACUAAAUUGUCUCUGAGAGAGCAAGGCGUGAGUGCGCGCAGGCUAAAUUUCCAUCUUUUUAGCGUCCACCCAAAAUUCAAUAUUGGUUAAAAAGUUAUUGCGAAGACUUGAUCCUCUUCGCACUGUUUAGAAACAUAAUAUAGUUGUUUCUGCUGAUUUAAAGAUAGUGAUGUGAUUAGGCCCCGGGGAUAACGAUUUGGGGGAUACUUCUAGAUAACCCUGACGAAGCUAUGCAAGGAUUUUGCGAUUAUGCACAGUAUUCGUCAUUUUCGUUUUUAUUACAAUAAUGAAAUAAUGCAGAUGUUUUCAAACUCAUGCAGAACUGCCUGUUGAAACCUGAAAAGUUGGACGGUCUGGUUGAAAGCCAAAGGUUUUUUGGGGCAUCAUUUAGUAUUGCAAGGUUUUUUUGGAUCUCGAACAACUGAGAAACUUAUCGCCAGUUUCACCGUAACUCAUCCCUAAAUACGGGUAGGCCUAAUCACAUUUGACACACAUUUUUGUAAUUGGCUUCCAUGGUAGUUCGUUAUUGUAAUGCAUUUGCUCAUCGCCUUAUUUUAUGUGUAUAAGGGGGAACGGGUUAAUUUAUAAAAAAAUUCUUUGCAUCAUCACGCUAGUUCUUUGUUAGCUUUUUUACUCAUUCCAUACAGCGCUGCAAAUGUGCUUCGUUACUAAGUCCAUUGUCCGGGACAAUGAUUACAAUCGAUGUUGCUUUUUGACAGAUUUUUCAAUCAAGUUACACAUGGAAUAAAACAUUCUUCCCAUGAUCAGUAGGAUCGUUUCUGAAUUACUGCUUUCUGGGAGAAAAUAUAUUUAUGUAAUUGCCAGUAAGAUAACGAAGCUUGUUUUAUUGUUACUGAAAGUUUCAAAUUAAUCAAGGUUUAUAAGAUAUGUAUAUGACAUCUUUUUAAAGCUUGAUUAUAAUAUCAAAGUUUUGCUCUUACUGUGACCAUUCUGCACUUUGGCAAUUUAGUUACGAGUCAAAAACGGCACUUUGGCGAUUCCGUACGCCAAAUUUUUAAUCAUUCGCUAUUCCAUUCCAUAUUAUUAUAACAUUUUUAAAAUAAAUUUACGCCGAAAGUCGAAAAGCUUUCAGAAAGUUUCAUUGAAAUUAUUUUGUCCAAACUUACAACCAGUGUUUUAUCAAUUUUUUAAGAAGAUAUGAUUACAGAAGCGGCGCAAGCCACCUAGCGAUGGGGAGGGUGUGGGUCUUUUGAUAAAGCCCCAGGAAAAUGCUUUGGAGGACCACACCUUUCCCUGAAAACAUGCCUUUUGGUGCAAAAGUGUCGCUGUCUACAAAGUAUGGCAUAUACGUCAUAGUAAAGUUGCAAUAUUUUGACAUAUACUUAUCGGCAUGUACAAAAUGACUUGUCUUUUUUCUUUGUACCUCAAUAAAUCAGAAUGUUCACUUCAAAUGCCAUUGUUCUUCCCCCUCCAGCAUUUUCUCCUCGUAUAUCCCUCCAACAUUUUCUCCUCGGAUUUUUAAGAUAGAACACAUCUUUUAAAGUCCUUCUUUGGUGCCGCCUAUUUUGGCUAUAAUUGUUCCAUUAUCCUUUCAGGCAAAGCGCUCCUGUUUGGCUCAUAAACUUUUGUCUACAAAGUUUAGAAACAUCCUCAAAAAAGUACGGAGUGUGUCUUAUAUGAUAUUUAAGAAGUGUCACCAGCGUAGCUUUUUUAAUGUUCUGGGUGCAUCCUCCUACACAAUGUGUCUUUUCUACCUUUUCUAAAGAACCCAUCAAAUCGCUUGCUAUUGGUCAACAAAAACACAGA